UACCCGACAAUUCCAAAGAAUUCCAGAUCCCACCAGAGUCUCACUCUUCUUUCGAUCUACCUUUUUUUCGGUUCAUGCAUCUUCUCUGACAUAGCUUUCGUCUGUUUGUUGUCUUGAUGAUAGCUCCCUGUUGCUUCUCCUACCUCAGCUUCGCUGAGGUCCUUGAGCGUGUGUGGUUUGCAAAGCGAUUCACUGCGGGUGUUAGGCGGGGUUUGUGGUGUUUUAGCACUAAGUGCAGGUAUAUGGUUUUUUGGUGUUUGUCUGAUUGCUAUAAACACUAAAAAUGAUUUUGGAUACUAUGCGAUGCUACUUCGACAACCAGGAGUCAGCUUAUGUUCUGGGCAUUCUUUCGGGAUUGUGCUAUGGGUGUAAGGCGGAUUUGUGAGACUGUGUUCGAUCUCCUUUUGUUUUGCAAGUACGUGUGUCAAUUGUUCGACUUACUGCGGCUCAGUUAGCUUCGUUUGGAGAAGUACCCUGAACCCAAUUCCUAAUGUAUGUUCUUAUCGUUAAUUAUCUUUGCGGUCAAGAUGCUGCAUUUUCUAUUGUACGGAUUAUCCACUUAUUUGUGUGUAAAGAAAGGCGAGCUGAAAUUUUCUUCAUCACAAAGAGAAGAAGAGGCCUUUCCAAGAAAGCUCAAGAGCUCUCAUCGUCUUCUCUACAACAGGAAAGCUCUUUUAGUACUCCAGUACAAGAUUUUUCUCUCCUAUUUCCUUUUUGGACUCACUUUGUUUUUCACAAUGGUUCGAUGGUAUCUGUCUAUGUGUCUACUUUUUGGAUAAUAUGCAUAGGUUUGUUCUGGCAUUAUUUUUGGUUUUCUCAGCUGAUAAACAAUUUUGUUAUGUCUUCCUUUGAUUAUUUUGUACCAGCCCCUACAAUUUAUGUUGGAGUUGGCUGCUAUGCUGCUAUCUCAAAUGGUUAUUGAGAAGAGAUGGUUAGUUGUGCGAAGAACAACUAUGUUCCUGAUUCUGUAGGCCUUGACAUACAUUUCUGCAAAUAAUAUGCUUGCUCUGAAGAAGUACCUGAACUCCAAGAUACGGGAGGACCAGCGAAGGUGCACUCGGUGUUAGAAGUGGACCGGGUAACUAGAAGAGCUCAAAUUGCUGCAGCAAUGGGGAUUACAGUCCUCGCACUACUUGCUGGAGUGUUGACACAGCUAGAUAUCAUUUGAUAAACAUACACACAUGUCGGGCAGCCAGCGGAACUGGGUCCAUGGUAUUUUUCGAGGAAGGAGAUUGCAUAGAGCUCCCUUUCAUUGCUUGCUUGGUGCAAGUGAAUGGUGAUGGCCAGAAAGACAAAAAUAGACAUUGUUCUUCAAUUGCGACCGGUGGGAACUUAUUGGCAAAAUUCGUCCAAUUGAUAUUAAUCUCUCAUGGCUUUGCCUUUGCGUCUCAAAUUUGACAUGGAUUAUUAUAACCAGGUUCUAUUUGAAGGAAACUCGUGUGUGAAAAAAUUUAUUCUCAACAGACCCCAUAAGUUAAAUAGCCUCAAUUAUCACAUGGUCUCUCAGAUGACACAGAAGUUGAAACAAUAUGAGAGUGACCCAAACGUUAAACUUGUGAUAUUGAAGGGGAAGGGAAAAGCAUUCUGUGCUGGUGGGGAUGUUGUAUCAGCGUAUAUUUGUAUUAUGGCAGGACAUUGGGUCAUGGCUGCAAAAUUCUAUGAGAAACAACUCAUCUUGGACCAUAUAAUUGCUACGUAUAAAAAGCCCUUGAUUGCAAUGGUUGAUGGAAUUGUGAUGGGAGGUGGAGCUGGGUUAUCAAUGAAUGCGACUUUCAGGGUUGUAACUGAGAAUACUGUGUUUGCCAUGCCAGAAGCGGAAAUAGGACUUUUUACUGAUGUGGGUGCAUCAUAUUUUCUUUCCAGGCUUCCAGGACACUUGGGAGAAUACUUGGCUCUUACUGGAGCUCGAAUAAAUGGAAGAGAAAUGGUUGGAUGUAGCCUUGCAACUCAUUUUGUCCUGUCAAAGAAUCUCCCUUUGUUGGAAAGUGCACUGGAGAAGGUGACUUCUGGUGAUAAAGCUGCAUUUUCUGAGAUCAUCAGCAAAUUUUCAGAGGAAACAGGAGUAGAAGAAGAUGGUUUUUUCAAUAGAAGGUUGGAUAUUAUCAACAAAUGUUUCUCAAGGAAAACAGUUGAGGAGAUACUAUCAUCACUGGAACAGGAUAAUGGACAAGAAGAGUGGAUUCUCAAUGCAAUAAACUCGAUGAAGUCAUCUUGUCCAUUAAGUCUCAAGAUUUCUUGUAGAUCGAUAAGAGAAGGAAGAGUUCAAGCUGUUGAACAAUGCCUCAUUCGCGAAUACACCAUUUUUUGCAACAUAGUGAGAAGAACAGUUAGCAAUGAUUUCUUUGAGGGUUCGAGGGCAAUGUUACUGGAAAAAGACAAGAAACCUAAGUGGGAGCCUUCAAAACUAGAGCUAGUUAGUGAGGAAAUGGUCGAGAAAUGUUUUGCUAAAAUUGAUGAAGAUGGCUGGGAAUUUCUGAAGUUUCCUGUGAGACUCUACUCAGUUGAUGAUGUCAGGGCAAGACUUUGAAACUGGAAACUCAUGCUAGCUAGCUACUUUGGUUUUAAAUACAGUUAGAAUGUGAGACCUAUGUUUUUUAAUUAGCGAAUGAUGAGUAGAUUAAUAAUACAUAAGACACUCUCUACUCUUCA